AUGAAUUUUUAUGAAAUUCUCGAGUGCAAAGAGAAUGCCACAUUGGAAGAGCUCAAGCACAAGUACAAGCAGCUCAUUUUGCAACACCAUCCGGAUAAGAUGAAUGACCUCUCUGACUCCCUGCCAUCGUCAUCUUCAAAUGUAAACGACGAUACAUGCCUCUUCCAACGGAUUAACACCGCAUGGAAUACUUUAAAAGAUCCCGCUAAACGCAAGCUUUACGAUGCCGAAUUGUGCCAGAAUCGAUUUCAAUUGCACAACAAUAUUUUCGACCGGCUUCAACUAAAAGAUUUAGAUAUUGAAAGUUGCAUUGAUGACGAUGGAAUAGAGAGGACAAUAAGAAGUUAUCGGUGUCGUUGUGGCGGGCAGUACAUUUGCGAUGAUGAGACUGAAGUAUGUACGAACAAUGAGUCAGAGGAAUUGCUUAUCGAAUGCACUGAGUGCUCAUUAGUUAUAGUUUUAGGGAGAUGA